AGCCGUUUGACCGUAUGUGGAAAGUAGCAAUGUCGGAGGAGGUUGGGAAGGCGCUACAAUCGGUAGUGGAACGGGUGAACCAGGCGGCGGCACGGCGGACCAAGACACUGCCAGCCGUGCCGCCCCGCCUUGUAGCUGUCAGCAAGACCAAACCCCCAGAGAUGGUCGUGGAGGCCUACAGACAAGGACAGCGCAACUUUGGAGAGAAUUAUGUUAACGAACUGGUGGACAAAGCUUCAGAUCCUCUGAUUCUAGACUCCUGUCCAGAAAUCAAGUGGCACUUUAUAGGCCAUCUACAGAAGAAUAAUGUCAACAAACUUUUGGGCGUGCCGAACCUGUUCCUCGUGGAGACGGUCGACUCGGCGAAACUGGCUGACAAGGUCAACAGCUCGUGGCAGCGUGUCCGAGGAGGCGGCGCUCAGAGGUUAAAGGUCAUGGUGCAGCUCAACACCAGCGGAGAACAGAGUAAACAUGGCCUGCCACCAGAGGAGACGGUGAACACGGUGAAACACAUCGUGUCCCAGUGCUCCGCCCUGCACUUCUUAGGACUCAUGACCAUCGGAAGCUACGGCUACGACCUCAGCCUGGGCCCCAACCCAGACUUCCAGAUGCUGCUGAGUCGGAGGCAGGAGGUGUGUGACGGCCUGAAGCUGCCUCUGGAGGGGGUAGAACUCAGCAUGGGCAUGUCGACAGACUUUGAACACGCGAUCGAGGUGGGCGCCACCAACGUGCGAGUGGGCAGCGUCAUAUUCGGCAACAGGGAGUAUCCCAACAGUGCUGCCAACACCCCGAACCCCAGCCCAGCCCCCAGCCCCGAGAAAACGAGCAAGAAGGUGUCCGAAGAGGCCGCCAAGAAGAUGCAGCGCCUCACUGUGUCUGAACACUAAGAAGAGCGUCCCCCCCUCUGAAGUAACCUUUAUGAAAAACAAAAGUCUUCACAUGCUAAUGAAUAGAGCAGUGAAGCAGAUCAUCUCCACAGAGCCACAUGGAGCUAGGAUUGCAAAAUUGUUGCAUCAUUUUAAAGUGUAAUCCUCUUCACUUUUUUUGUGUGCCCUUCUUGCUCUUUUAAGCAUUAAGUGGCAUUCAGUACAAACGUAGUUUGACCUUUUUUAAAGUAGUGUGUUACGAACCUUUAGUGCUCUGACUUCCUCCCCAUGGAACUCUCUCCUACGAGAUUACCGGCUACAAGACAAAUGUACAACCACUGAAAACAGGGUGACAUGUGGGAAAUGAUUUCACGGGAGUUACGAGAUAGUUGUUGUGCUGACGUGACAUUUUCUACCUUUCCAACCCUGAUGUGACAGUGCUCGAUUGUGUACAGAGUCCCAGAGAUCAGGAAUUCCAUGUUUUUGUUGUACAGAUGAAACUGAAGACUUGAUUUAAUAAAUCAUUUAUUCCUUUAUAAUGACA